GGCUUGGUGGGUGGGCAGGUUCCCUAUGCUGUGUAAGAUGAGGACACCUCUUUCCCUCCUUCUGGUUGCCUUUCCUCCUUGUCCUUCUGUUCUCUGAUCACAGGCACCAUAGAGGAGGCUUCUGCUGCUGGAACACUGGGUGCACCUUGGUGUCCCAAGAGAGUUUUAUUGCCCCUCAGUGCCAUGGCUGCCACCCCAUCAAUCCAAUCCCAUGGGGCCUCUAGGAGGAAACAAGGGGAAUGUUCAUUCCCCUCACAGGCUCUGUCAGGCACUAUGUCCUUGAUUACUGAUGUCAUAGAUAAUAAGGUGGCAGAAUUGGAGUUCCUGGCCAUUAAGUAUCAAAUGAAGGAUCCAACCCCCAAGGCAGAAAUGCUGGAAAUUGUUACCACAAAUUACCAGGAGCACUUCCCUGUGAUCUUCAGGGAAGUCUCUGAGUGCAUGCAGCUGGUCUUUGGCAUUGAUGUGAAGGAAGUGAACUCUGCCAGCCACUCCUAUGUUCUUGUCCCUGCCCUAGGCCUCACCUAUGAUGGGAUGGUGGGUGAUGACGAGAGCAUGCCCAAGAGCAGUCUCUUGAUGAUUAUCCUGGGUGUCAUCUUUCUUCAGGGCAGCCAUGCCAGCGAGGAGGUCAUUUGGGAAGGGCUGAAUGAGAUAGGAAUAUAUGCUGGGAGGGAGUGCUUUAUCAAAGGGGAGCCCAGAAAAUUCAUCACUGAGGAUUUGUACCUGGAGUAUCAACAAAUGCCUAACAGAGAUCCUGCUUGUGAGUUCCUGUGGGGUACCAGAGCCCAUGCUGAAGCCAGCAAGAAGAGAGUUCCAAAACUUUUGACUGAGGUCAAGGAUACCACUCCCAACGCCCUUAUUAUCUGUUAUAGGAAGUUUUGGGAGAUGAAGACAAAGCUCAACUUCCAGGUCCAGUGGAAGGAUGAUGACUUGGGUCAGGACCAGGGCUGGGAAUAUUGCAGUGUCCAAUCCAGCAAUUUCUCUACUUCCAGUGUGCUGUUAUGUAAAAUUAAAAAAAAAACUAUGCCUGUAUAUGCUUGGAUCAUUCAAAAUUAUUGGAGAAAUUUAUUCUAAGUAAAGAACCCCAUCUGCUCACUGAUGCACUGACUUAAACCUUCAUUGCAAAGUGUUCUUUGGAAUGCCCCUGUGUCUGUGGUGGAGAGCAAAUGAGGCUGAGCAGGACACACUCUUCCCCUUAAGAUGGUGGAGUCUGGGGCGGCAGCCAUGGCAGGGAGAUGGAGCGAUGCCCUCCAGAACAGUAAGACAGCAGUGAGUGGAUGUGGCCCAGCAGAGAGCAGCCCAGAGGAAUGUGAAACCCUGGCAGUUUGGGGAUGGGAGAAACUGUUGUUCUUUCUGUGGGAGUCCACUUUAUAUUAUUUUGGUUUAAAUUGUUCCUUAAAUUUAAGUCUAUUGGUACAAUUCAGCGAUACAUAUGAAUCACAAUCACUGUAUGAAAUUUGUAUUAGUCCAUGAUGUAUAUCUUGAUUCCUCAUUGUUUUUUUCCCAUUUCUAUCCCUUCUUUUCAGAUCCCCUUCCCCUCCCUGUCCACAAAGCCCUGUUUUAAUUUUAUCCUUCUUUUUUUCUUUCCCUUCCUUCCUUUCUGUCUUCCUUCUCCCUAGUUCCCUUUUACCUCUGGUAGGUGCUGGAUACAGGCAGAAGGUUCAAGCAGAUCUCUGGAUUUAAUAUGAGAGCUUUCAUAACAUGCUGUCUCUGAAAGCCACACCUACUAGGCCUGGCUUCUCUCCACGGAGGGCAAGGCCCUGUGUUAUUCCCAGUCUGAGUGGCCUCUCUGAGACUAUCUCCCAUUUUUGUCUCUCUCACUCAGUCACUGUGGAGGGGUAACACUAGAACUCUAAAGUGAAGAUGUUUUGUAGUUUUUCUGUGGCUCAGUUUUAAAUAACCCCUUCCCCAAAUGGCUAUUUUAAUAAAGUCUCUGGCAGUAUGUUGGGUACAGCAUUUGAUUUCUUCUCUAAAUGUAGCAUUCUGUGAGGAAGGAAUCAUUUUUGCCAUAACACCCCACAUUGCCAUACAGUUUUGUAGUUUGCAGUCACACUGGGCUUUUCAUAGGCUAACCCUGUUUCUCCCUGGAGUCCUCAACCCUGGGGCUUACCUGUGUUCUGGCUUCCCCUCCUUGGGAGCCAGGGUUAGCUUCCAGACUGCCCUGUUUUUUCAUUGUGUUGCUGCUCUGUUUCGCCAGCUUCUCUGUAGUUUUUAAUUUUCCUACGAGUUCCUUCCCAAUUCCUGGAGAUAUAAUUCUAUUUUUGUCUCUUCCAAGUUACUAUUUUCCAAGUGUCUAGAUUUCUGGGCCUGGAGAGGCUCUAGUUUGCUGCUGAAUGCUGCUCCACCAUGUUGGUCCUGCACAGCAGAGAACAUAACCAUUAGAGUGAAGGGGAAAAUGGUAGAAAGAGAAAUUUUUUUUCCAAAGAAAUUAUAUCUGUAUCUAUAUAUCUAUAUAUUAGGCAUGUCCCCAAAAUACCCAAUCAAAAAAUGGGCAAAUGAAUUUCACAGAAACUCAGAGGAAGAAGAACAAAUGGUCGAUAAAUAUGCAAAAAUAUGUUUAACAUGUAUGGCUUUUAGGGAAAUAUAAAUCAAAACAACUACAAUUCCACCUUCCUUCAGAAAGAAUGGUUAUCCUCAAGAAUCAAAUAAUACAAAUGCUGGCAAGAGUAUGGGAAAAAGGAAACCUGCUACAUUGUUGGUGGGAAUGUAAACUGGUACACCACUAUAGAAAUCAGUAUGAAAAAUCCUCAAAAAACUAAACAGAGAAACUCCAUUGAGCAGCUAUUUCCCUUUUUGGUAUUAUCCAGAAAGAGUCAAAGGCAGCAAAUAAAAGUGACACAGUCAUGCCCAUCUUUAUAGCAUCAUAACUCAUAAUGGCUAAAGCUUGGAAGCUGUCUACCGCCUGUAAGUCCAUCAACAGGUGAAUUGAUAAAAGUAUUCAAAAUGGAAUACUACUGUGAAAUAAAGAUAAUUUUGUGUCAUUUGUAAGAAAAUGGAUACGUCUUGAAAUAACAAUAUUAAGUGACAUAAAUCAGGUUUACAACCUUAAUUAUCCCAUGAUUUUUCUUAAAUAGGAAAACAAAUGUGCAAAUCAUUUAAACAGUAAAAUCAAGGUAAAUGAUAA